AUGAGGUUUGUCCAAUAUAUUCCGACUGGAAUUCCAAACGAAGAUGGUGAGUUCCCGGGAAGGAACUAUACAGUUGGAAAAGUCAUACAACAACUGUAUGAUAUUAGGAAAGCUUCAAACCCCAAACUUGCAAUGACACUCAAAUUGCUUAUGAAUUCGACAUGGGGAUAUUCCAUUAAGAAACCUCAAGAGAUGAAGAGUAAACAUUAUGAGAAGGUCGACAACUUUGUUGAAAGGUUUUCUCCUUUUGUUUUGAAGUACGAAUUCACUCAAGGUCAAAGUGGCUUAGUAACCACAUUAAAACCUAUUGUCGAACAUUGGUCUUACCCUCAGUUCGCAAAGGCAGUCCUUGACAACUACAACAAAUUCUUCUCCGAAGUCAAAUCCAAAGUGAAGGUUUACUAUGAGAACAUUGACGCACUCAUGACGAACGAAGAAGGCUAUAACAAACUCAUUGAAAUGGGAAUGGUCGGUGAAAAGAUGGGCUGUUUUAAGCUAGAUAAGGUAUUUUCAGAAGUUCAUGUCCUCUCCAAGCGUAAGUACUGGGGCAUACUUGAAGACGGCACAGAAAUAAAACAUUGCAUGAAGUAA